AUGCAGCACAGCCCGCACAGCUAUGCACGACAUGCCCAUCAAGAGCACGCACGCACGCACGCACGCACGCACGCACAAACCAUGGCAGAACGGCUGGCGCAGAGCCUCGAGUCCGCCCGCCGUGCAUGCAAGGCCCACCAAACCUGUCGCUCUGUCGGGGUACAAGCUCCGCGGCCCUGCGUCCUGCUUGGUCUGGCGAUGAGGCGGUUUCUCCCGUGCAAUCUUGCCUCUCACCGUCGUCGUCAUCCGCUCGGCCAUGACGGAGAACUCUCGGCAGCCCGGUCGCCGGAUGUUUAUGGCCAGAGCUCAAGGAAGCAUGGGCGCAUGCCGACCAGGAUUGCCGUCAUGGCCCACAGCGUCCCAUGA